UGGCCUACAUACAGAGCUAGAAGUACGGGGAGCACUUAUUGUUAUUACGGGACGUUUAUCAUUUAGAUAACCUACAUCACUCCUUUAAUAAAUACAUACUCUUGACUCCUUGACUUCUCGUCUAUCUCUACAGUGUCUCCUGAGCUCCUGGGAGUCUUGUCCUCCAUCGCUGCCUUCAUGGCAUUGAUGGCCCUGUUUUUUCUUUACCUCAGCAACAAGCUGUCAGUGGAGAGUCCCGACACGCUGCCACAUCUCAGUGGUUAUCAGAACAACCACACAGUGCCCGCGAUGAGCUAACCUGUCGAGAGAUGGCCUUCUUCAAGAGCUUUCAGCAGAACCUCCCGUCUGUCAACAUCUCCUCCAUCUUGGACUCGGUCAGCAGCCGGGUGGACGACUUGGCCAACGCCGUCAGCGACGUCACGUACGCCGUCAGCGACCAGCUGACCGAGCAGGUCAACACCAUCAUCAACAAGGUUCAGGAGGAGGAGGACGGCGAGCAGGAAGUGGCGCAGACUUGCGCUGCGCAGGAAGGGAAGGUCGGAAGUAAAAGCGUGUGGCCACUGAGCAGAGAGCCAGAAACAAGUUCAAGUGCUAAAAACAACCAAAGCAGCGACGCAGCAGAGGUGGAGUACACGCCCAGCCAGCUGGAGUGGGAGUGGAGGGACGGAUGCUGGCGGGUGAAGAAGACAGAAGCCGAGUUAGCAGAGGAGGAGAAGAAGAAGAAGGAGGAGAAGGAGCUGCAAGAGAAGAGAGAGCAGAGGAGGAGAGAGAGGAGAGAGAGGCGCUUACAGAAGGCGGCUGUGUUUCAGAAAAACGAUUCCGAAGAUGAAGAGGCCGCAGAGGGUGACGGAUCAGAAAGAACAAACCAAGAGAGUCACGGCGAAGAAACAACUCAGCACAGAGGAAGUGACGACUGUGAUGAACCUGACAAUGAACCAAGCCGGCCUGAAAAUGACGGGUUAUCCCAACAGAGAGAGGAGAAGGACGAACAGGAGGAGGAGGGGAGGUGCAGCCUGGAGGGUGAAGGUGAUGACGAGGGGGUGCCCGACACUGCUAGAGCGAAAGUGAAAAAGAAGAAGAAGGAUAAAAAGAAGGAGAAAGGCGCUAAGGAGUCUUCCAAGAAGGCAGAUAAGGUGGCCAAAAAGAAGGAGAAAGGCAAGAAGAGCAAGAAGAAAAAGAAAAGCAAACAAGAGGUCGAUCUGACAGACAGCGAGGAGGACCAAGGCCCAGAAGCUGUGGUCCAGUCCAAUGUGAGCAGCAACAACAACAUGCAGGCCACAGAGCAGGAAGGCUACAGCAGCGAGGCCUCCAGCGAACACGGCACCAGCAUCCAGAGGAUAAAGAAAACCCCGUCCCUCACAGAGGGCCAACCUCCCCCGUACCAAGACCGGGACCGGGGAUCGGUUGCCCGUGUGUGCGCCUCUCGCUCUCGUGCGGCACGGGAAGUCCGGAGGGGAUCGUCCCCUCUGCGCUGCUCCAGUGAGGCCAGUGUGGACCAGGACACGGAGAGCUACCUCAACAAAGGCUGUGAGGAGGACAUACCCAGUGACAGCACUGCUGUGGUGGGGCCAGAGGACAGCUCUGGUCCGCAGCUCCCUACAGCCUACGAGCCAGAGCCCCUGGCAAAGUACGGCACGCUGGAUGUCGCCUUCGAGUACGACUCCACCGAGCAGUGGUUGGCCGUCACGGUCACAGCGGCGACAGACAUCCCCGCUCUCAAACAAACGGGCAACAUCUCGUGGCAGGUCCACCUGGUCCUGCUGCCCACCAAAAAGCAGCGGGCCAAGACGGGCGUCCAGAAGGGCCCGUGUCCUGUCUUCACUGAGACCUUCAAGUUCUCCAGAGUGGAACAGGAGGCGCUGGGGGACUGCGCCGUACGCUUCCGCCUGUACAGCAUCAGACGGAUGAAAAAAGAGAAGGUCCUGGGCGAGAAGGUGUUCCACCUGACUAAGCUCAACCUGCAGGGGAAAAUCGCUCUUCCGGUCACGCUGGAGCCUGGCUCUGAACUUACAGGGUGUGGCUCGGUGGUGAGCGUGUCCCGCAGUGCAGGAGCCCUGUCCUAUCGGUCCACAGAGGACUCCCCCUUGCCGGAGCUCCUCCUGGGCCUCGUUUACAACUCUGCUACCGGAAGUUUAUCUGCGGAGGUAAUCCAGGGGAGCCACUUUAAAACCACGUCGUCCGAUAAACCCGUCAAUGGUCUUUUUUGUUGUGUAAAACAUUUCGUUGGGGGACAACUUUAUAUCAUGAGAGACACUUACGUCACGCUGACCAUGCUGGACUCCAAGGGGAAGGAGAUGUCCAAGUGCAAGACGGCGGUGUGCCGAGGCCAGCCCAGCCCCUCCUACAAGGAGACCUUCGUCUUCCAGGUGGCGCUCUUCCAGCUCUCCGAGGUGUCGCUGGUGCUGUCGGUGUUCUGCCGCCGCAGCAGCAUGAGGCCCAGGGAGCGUGUGGGCUGGGUCUCCUUGGGACUCAACAGCACCGGCGAGGAGCAGCUGGCCCACUGGACGGAGAUGAAGGAGGCCGAGGGGCAGCAGGUGUGUCACUGGCACACGCUUACUGACACAUAGCGGGGAAGAAAAGGUCAGCAUGGAUGCCUGCAGCGUUCCCUGGAGUCGGGGAGUUGGUUGUGACUGUGAUGCGCACACACGGACCUUGUAGGUGGAAGCUUCCUCCAUGAAGAAGGCAACACUAUUUUUUUUUUUAAAGAGAAAGCGAACUCCAAUAUUUAAAUAGCAGGGUACAAAAAACAACACACACACACACACACUGUGGUUUGGCGUUAAGAUGGAACUAAAAUGCUUCAGAACUUUCAGAUAUCUCAUAGAAAGCAGAAGACAAAGAGGAGUGUGACCGUGAGCCCAUCAGCAUACAUCCACAUCAUGGAAUGGCCCAGCCAGAGCCCAGACCUCAACCCUACUGUGUGUAGAGUUGCUUCCACCUAAAAUGACUGAAUUUCGUCAGUUCAACCAAUUUUAUUUAACGUGAGAAAACCCUGCCAUUUUAAAAAGGGUGUGCUCACGUUCUGUGGCCACUGUGUGACAUCAUAUGUUUACAACGGAAAGACCCUUCCAUGUAGCAUACAUAUACUGUACAGUAUACACACACACACACAUAAGGACACACUUUCUGUUUCAGUACCUCGGACCAAAGAGCUCGGUCUUCUGCUCCAGAUGCCACCAGCAUAGCAGACAUUUCUUGAAGGGUCACAAGCAAAAAUGCAUCGACUGUUAAAAAAAAAAAAAGAACACACACACACACACAAAAACAAAAAGGGCCUACCACAUGCUGCAACUUUGCUCACGAGCUGUGCUUCUUGUGCAGUUUGUUUACAUGCACCACAUUAUGCAAGAGUCAUCGUUUGUUAUCAGUCAAGAGGUUUACCAGAUAGGAUGAAAGCAUUUCCGAACUUGCUUCAGGGGUGUCCAAACCUUUUCCAGCGAGGGCCACACACUGAAAAAUGGAAGGAUGCAAGGGCCACUUUGAUAUUUUGUACAGCAACACAUGUACUGUACUAUGCUUAGAGCUCAUAUAAAUUUCACGAAACAAAUGCAUUUCCACCUCGUGAUAUAGGUGGAAUGUUACUAAAAUGACAUUAUUUUUCCCCCAUAAUACAGAGUUUAAUCUCAUCCCUUUAAGACUUUUUUUCUCUCAAUAUUUUGACUUUAUUCUUGUAAAAUGACAGCUGUUUUUUUCCAUUUCUGCUUUUGUUUUGUUUAUUUUCCAACUGGUUCAACUUUUCUGUUGUAAAUUUUUUCUCGUAAUUAUGAUUUCAUUCUCCUAAUUUUAUCAUCUUUAACUGACAACCCCCCCAACCUAAUUUUCCAAAAAUUACAACUUUAUUCUUUGUUUUGUUUCUCACAUUGCAUCCUAUGAAUAAAUGACAUAUUUUUCUGUAAUAGUUCAACUCUAUGCGACUCAAAUGACACUGUUUCCUCAUGUUUAUUACAACUUUAUUCUCGUAAAGUUUUUUUUUUCCCCAUUUUUGCUGUUGCUUUUUUUCCUAAAAUAUUUCCACUUUCUUAUAUAAAUUUUCUUGUUGUGAUAUAACUUUAUUCCCAUAAUAUUUGGACUUUAUUGCAGUAAUAAUGUAACUUUUUCCCUAAACUAGUUUUCCAAAAAUUAUAAUUGUUUUGUUUCUCAUAUUACGACGCAACAACUGGGGGUUCGGUAUCUUCCCCAAGGAUACUUCGCCAUGAUCAUGGAGGAGGAUCAAACCCACAACCUGGGAGACGCCCACUCUACCACCUGAUCCAUGCCGCCCCAUAGAAAUAAAACUAUUUUGUCCUUAUAUUUCACCUCUGCCACUAACUUACAUUUUUUUCCUCCUGCUAGUUUAUUCCCGUAAAAGCGCAACUUAUUUUCUUGUUAGAAUACGACUUUUUCUCUGAUUAUUUGACUCUUGGAAAAUUUCUGCCGUCACAUCUCAACUUUAUGCCACUAAAGUUACAUAGUUUUUCCUCAUAUUUACUUUAUUCUCAUGAAAUUAGGCCUUUUUCUUGUUAGAUUGCAACUUGUUACUUUACUUUAUUCUUGCAGAAUUACUGCAGAUUUUUCCGUUUUACUCGUUUUCCUUUUGUUUGUUUUCUUGCUCGAUAACAUUCUUCUAAUGUGCCGCGGGCCGCAUUUUGGACACCCCUGACUUACAUGAGGCAAGCAAUAUUGUGUCCCUGCAGAGUCUUCCUCAAAACAAAAGAGCGGCUUUCCUUCUUGUGUCAAACAGUCUGUUUCACCAUUCAGCCUUCUGACAGGUCGGCCGUGUCCAUUCAGGCCCAAGCACGGCAUUCUCUGGUGAGAGAUAUGCAAACAGACCAUCAGGCCGUGUAGGCUGCUUGGUCUUACGUGCUCGUUCCACGUGAACGGAGAGUGGAGAAUGUAACUGUACUGCAAGAAAUUUGUCAAUCAGACCUGCUGUUGUCUUCGUGUCGAGCCACGUCUUCUGAACACGUGUCCAGGAGGAACCUUUUGUCUGUGGGCUGCAGUCCUCCUGCAUGGAAUCGCUCACACACGAUUUCAUUACAAUGACGUUCAUUAGAUGUAAUUGGGGAAAAAAAAGAAACGCAACAAUAACAAAGCAGAUGACCAGUUUGAAUCGAGACAAAAACUCAAAGCUUCGGUUUUUAUUUCCAUUCACCCGCCUCUCAUCUCCUGCUGGUUCAGAACAAGCCUCUUCCACACACUUAAGGACGAGCGCGCGUACGUUUGACUACUCUGUGCACCUUGCAGAACGACUGCAGCAUUCCGCAGAAAUUUCCCUGCUCUGAGCCGUGGAAAACCAGCUGUGCCACAAACCCCCUCGAGGAAGGGAAAAAAAAAAACUGGCGGAAUGGGAGGAUUAAACUUCCAAAAUACCAGCUGAACCAUUCAGUGCCUCAGAAAGGGCUGUGGAGCAAAGUGGUUAGGAAGGCCCUGGGGCUCCAAUAAAAGUGAAAAGGGAAAAAAUGCUUGACAGAAUUGUAGCACAUCUGCGUGUAAAUGGUCCCUACUUGGACACCAAUGCUAUCAUGAGAUCCCCCUUCCAGAGGAAAAUGGCACAAGCUAGUUUUCCUUGGCAUUCUGGGACCUCUUUGACAUCAGAGAUAGUAAACUACAUCGUCCUGUCAGUUUAUUGCAUGUGUCAUUCAGUCAAUAAUAAUAAUAAUAAUAAUAAUAAAAAAGUCAAUAAAUAUACAGGUGCCAUUGAUUUGACAAUGUGUUUCAUAAAAAGCAUCCUGACAGAAUAAACCUCUCUUUGCAACUUAGGGGACCUAUUUUGUUGAAAUUUCCAUAAAAUAAAAAGGACUUUGGGAUCGUAAACAUGAUGGGUGAAAUGGAUCAAGUAGCUUGCAGAGUAGUCUUAAUUCAUGUGGGCGUACCGGACUGCAUUUCCUCUGCCAAGCGCUGAGGCUGGGAAGCAGCAAACAUCGUACCUUUUGGCAAAGAAAACAUUCAGAGCAUUAAAAACAAACAAACAAAUAGAAAGAAAUAAAGUGGAACCAAUAUGGCGACACUGUAAAGUGACAUACACAUCUGUGGUGGGAGAGUUCUGUACAAGUGGGUGAACAUACACGGACAGGACGACUGGAACACCAGAAGACUCCAUGUUUUUCUCUAAACAGUUGACCGGGAGAAACGCAAAUGAAAAGUCUUCUUGUGGUGUUUGGCAGCUGGGAUUGUCCACAUCAGAAAGGGACAGGACCACCAAUCAUUACUUGGAGUAAUUACAAUUUUUUUUUGAAACAAUUAAAUUACAAAGGAAUAUUAGAACCACGUUGAAAAGAAAACAGGACAAUUACAAGCCAUGACUUCUCGACUUCAUGGGCCAAUUCUAGCCAUUAGAGAACAACACUUAUCUUCCACUCUUGCGAUGCAGGUGGUGUUCCCUCGCUCAAUCGCGGUUCACCUUUCGCGGAUUUUUUCGUGCAAUUAUGAUGUGAAGAAGAAUGGCAUUGUGGGAAGUUGCGUUUGGUAGUUGUCUGCUUUAGCACAGGCGGCCGUGUCUCUCUAUUCUCUCUCUUCUCUCUGCACCGCCCAUCGUCUUCUGUGUCCUGAUUGGCUGUAGACCACUGUCACUCAAUCUCCUACGUGCCGUCUCCUGUUGCGGUCGUGGCCGUAGAGACAGAUAGACGCCGCGUGGAGUGGGUUUGUCCACUGCGGCGAUACGUCGCCGUCGCCACCAUACUGGAUGUGUCGAGGCUGCUGUAAGUGGACAGUGGUAAGUGUACUUACUUUCUACAAAGACAUUUACGUUAAUUCCUCUCGUUUAUACAUUCACACACGCACUAACACACUUGGCAACAAAAAUUUGAGAAGAUCAAAUACAUUGUUUUUGGUGCCUCACUGGUUCCCAAGUAUAUUAGUGUGUGUGUGUGUGUGUGUGAAUGUAUAAACCAGAGGAAAGAACUUACAUUUAUUUGUAGAAAGGCCAUAAGUGAAAGUAAGUACAUUUACGUGUAUCCGUUUAAAGCGCAGCCUUGACACGUCAAACAUGGCGGCGGCGUCUACCUAUGUCGACGGCCAUGGCGACCAAACUAGCAAACCAUGUCAGCUGCCUGCUGACUGCCAAUACUGUAAACAACGGAAGAAACAGAAGAUUCUUUUUCCUUGUAAUAUUACAACAUUAUCCUCAUUUUAUGUAUUACCUUUCUUGUACAAUUAUGACUUUUUUCUAAUUGGGUUGCUAUUCUAGUAGCACUGGUUUGUGUUCUUGUCAGUGUGGCUCUAACACUCCUUGAUAAAAACACACGGUGGCUUCCAAAAGCAGGCCGCUUGGGCGCACACAACUAAACAACUGGGUGGCUGGUUUCCAUGACGAAAUCGAGGCAUUAUGGUGACUUGCUGAAGCAGACUCCUAUUCGAAUAAAUGUUCUUCGGUCGAGGUCCUACCUUGUAGGUCAGACUAAGAACAGACACCUCCGGGGCGGGAACAAAAAAAGUCAGCCCUAUUGGGAGAUUUAGACACAAUUAAACAAUAUCAAAACUAAAAAAAAAAAAAAAAGAAAAAAGCUCAGUAAUACUUGUGACAAUCAGUGCUUGUCUCACAGACAAGAAGUAGAGUUCAGAGUUUGUUACUGUGAAAUGAAAAAGACACAAACGCAGAGCGGCAAUGAGACUGUGCAGGCCGACGCCAGGCGAGCAGUGAGUCCUCUGGCGAUGGCUCCGUCUGUAGGUAGAGUUUAAUCUUAUUUCUGUACACUCUGUACAUCCUUUCCUCAGCAAGUGGAGUAAAAAAAAAAAAAAAAAAUCAUCUGUAGUGGUUCACCACGAAGCAUGAUGACAAGAACAUAAAAAGCGGACGUCAGUCCACUUGAAGGGCUUUUUCUUCUGGCUGGCAGUGAGGCCCUGAGGGGGAGGUGUGGAGAAGAUCACGAGCCACCAGCUUCAGUGGGUCUCUUCUAAAGCCACACCCCCCCCACGUCUGGGGGUGUGCGUCCAUCCUGUCUCUUCCAUGUGUGCUUGCUGCUCCAUCCGCUCGGCGCACCGCUAGAUGAACUUAAAGCAUUUGGUCUUAUCGUGCGGCAGGCGGGUUUUAAACAGCACCGAGUCCACUCGAAACUGCGUGUACAGCAGCGGCAUGUAGCCGUACACCUUGACGAAGAAGUUGAUGCAUUUGUGGCGCUCGUGGAAAUGAGAGUCGUCGUGCGACAGGGCCUGGGGGCAGCCGGGGCAGCGGAAAGUCCAACGCGACGUUACCUGAGGUGGAGAGAGAGCUGUCAGUUCUUGGUCCGUUCCGCCAAAAGACAGAACUUGAUGAAACAUGUGGUGGUGUCAUGUAGGCCAGGGUGUCCAAGGUGUGGCACGGGGGCCAUUUGCGACCCACGGCUGCAAAAUGGAAAAAUCUGGCAACAAAUCUGAGUACCAAGAUAAACGUGUACUGCCUAUAGUCAAGCAAGGUGGUGGUGGUAGCGUCAUGGUCUAGGGCUGUAGGAGUGCUGCUGGCACUGGGGAGAUGCGGUUCACUGAGGGGAAACAUGAAUUCCAACAUGUACUGUGGCAUUCUGAAGCACAGCAUGACCCCCCUCCCCUGGGAAACUGUACCGCAUGUCAGUUUUCCAACAUGAUAAGGAGCCCAAACACUCCUCCAAGAUGACAAGCGGUGAUGAAAUGUGGAGGUGUAGGUAAGAACCCAUUCAAUUUUGGUGAAGAUCCAAAAAAAUAUGUAUAUUUUGGUAUUUGUUGUUGUUACAGUCCACAUGCAUCGGGGCCAAGUGUGGCAGUGACGAACCACAUCCAGCAGAUGAAGCUGCUCCUCCGGUCGUACAUGUUGAGGAUGUGCUCUCGGAUCUGAUAAACAUGACCACAGGCUGGAGUGGAACAUUAUCAACCACAUUCUACAACUGGGCUCACCGGUUUUUGAACCGGUUCCAAACAGUGGAAACUGGCCAUCGUCCCCGUGCACUGGUCUCGCACACCUCAUCACACUGGCCGCAAAGCUAUGUACUGUAGAGACACGAUCACCUAUUACUUUUUGGCCUUGAAUGACUCUACUGAAUAAGCUCUCCUUGGAAACGCCCUAAAUCAAACAACUUGCAAUGACUUUUUGGUCCCAAUGGCUUCCCUCCCACUCAACACCCCGUAAACAAAUGAUGUUCUGUUAAAAAAUGGGCAGUUUCGAUGUUGUGACUAAUAUUAGAUGUGUCAGUCUGAGUAAUGGGUGAUACGAUGAGGACAGCGAUAUAACACAGGGCCUUUGGGAGAGGGAUACACGCCUUACUGAUGCUGAGCAGAACGCGACUGACCUUAAUGGGCGGUUUGCGGGUGAUGUGGGAGACCAGGAAGUUCAUUGCGAUGUCCUCACAGUUGAUGUACUCGUCCACCAUGUCCCUGAUGGCCUGGGGCAUCACGUAUGAGUACAGGUAGGCGUAAUACUGUGGGGAAUAGACGACAUUAACCGUAUGAGGCUACACAGGAGGGGUGGUCUCAUGUGUGGGUGCCAAAGGGGUGCGAACCUUGUGGAAGAACGCUGCUCCUGUCAGGACCAUGGAUAGCUCACAGGAGUAGUUGGAGUUGUAGAGCCAGGACUGGUGGUUGACAUCCCAGGCGUGAUAUCUCCCAGGGAAACCGACAAUACGAUCUCUGGCCUCUCGCCACACUCUGAGAUAAGGAAGAGAAUAGGAAUCUAAGUUGGUUUAAAAAAAAAAGAAAAAAGACUGGAACUGAAAGUAGUCCUUGUGGUUUGUACCAUGCCAUUUUCCUCUUCAGACAUUCUGUUUACUCAUAAAACAUAAUUACAACAGACAGAUGCUAAUACUCACACUACAGUCACAAACCACUGCUACAAUGUGCUGAAGAUACACACACACACACACACACACACACACACACACACACACACAAAAAUACGUAACGCCUCCAGUGCGUUCAUGUGAGCUCACAGUCAGUGGCUACAAAUUGUUCCUCUCACAGGCUAGAGAGGUGCUGAGGGAACAUUCCAGAGUAAUUCUGGAGCACUUUGGAGUAAUUCCUGACACAGCAUACGCACACACGCACGCACGCACACACACACGCACACACACGCACACACACCCACACAUGCAGACAGACGGCACAAGCCUGGACAAGCUGUACUGUAGUUUGUGGAAACAUAUCUUGGAAGAGGAGAAGGUGAACUUGUAUUUACUCAUGUGAUUGUUUAACCUCUGACAUUAAGUGAACAAUAAAUGUAGAAAGCAUUUUUAGCAUUUUAGAAAGCAACAUGUUCUU